AUGACCCAGGUAGGCAUUGGAGAUAUCAUUACUGGAGUCAAAUUUGUCUGGACGAUUUAUGAAAGCGUCCGAGAUGGCCCUACAGGUGCGGCAGGUGACUUCAACUCCUUUCGUCAGGAGUUUGGCACUAUCAAACUACUACUGGAAAGGAUACAGCGGGUAGAGAAUUCUACAUCAACAGACGUCCGUGACUUGGGGGUGUUUUACAACGAAACAAUUCAGGAAUGCGCCCAGUUCGUCAAUAAGCACAAGGUGCUCACACAGGAUAAACCAUCAACAGGUAACAGCCGUCGUGGUAGUCUAGGCAAAAAAGUCUCCAUCUGGUUUGAGAAGGUUACAUGGCCCUUAGAGCGAAGUGAAGCCGAACGUCUUCGGCACAAACUUGAGCGCUGUCUGAAAGUGGCAACACUAAAGUCUACUGAAGAAACACGCGAUGCAACAUUGGGGUUUAUGCGGACAGCGGAGAAUAACCAGUUAGAGAAUCUAGAGAUGUUAAGAUCUAUCAAGACAAUGACAGCACAGAUCUCCUUACUCCUCCGGCGAUGCAUAAUUGACGGCCCGAUAGACACCGAAGACUAUGAUACGCACCACUCAGCCCAGCGUGGGCACCGAUUGAGGCCAGCCGGCCUUCGGCCAGAACACAUACUUAGUGGAAUCCCGGAGGAUGACGAGAUGCCUUCAGUUGACAGUCAAAGGUACCAAAAGGUUCUGGAUCGCAUUCGAGAGAUCUCCGAGAGACUGGGAAACCUUACUCGACGGCUUGAUACACACGGCGGCCAUGGUCUAGCUGUGGACCCGCCUCAACCUAGCAGCCGCAAGUAUACGUUGGACUCUGACGGGCCCAAUGCUGAAACACCGACCGUUGCUGCCAUGGUUCGCUUCCUGCAUCAGGUCAGCGAUGAUGUGCGCGAUGCCCUGGAGACCGUCGGCUAUGGGCAUGAGCUCGUCCCCAAUUAUGGCCCUUCUCAGAGACAUCAGGCCCUGGCUAAACCUGUUCAGUCGAUCAAUGAUACCGCGGAGGAAUGGGAGCAGUUCCGGCAUUGGCUCGACUUUCAGCUUGUACACGCCUUCAAUACAAACUCUAUUGAUAUGAAACCAUCCCAUCCCUCCCAACCAUUGCUUCUUGACCUCUCGCCGUCAUCCGAAUGCCUCUCGCCACCGAUUCCCAUCACCCGUACACGCUCCGUAGAGUCCGACCUUUCCAUUGGGUCUCCACAGUCAACCAUCUCGAUACCGAUACCCGAUAGGAAGAUUCCUCUUACAACCCACCCAGUUCAAGUGGAGUUUCCCGACCCGAAUAUUCCCAACCGCGCACUUUUUCGCACAUUAAUCUGUACAGCUGUAGCUUGCUUUAAUACCCAAACACAUGAACCAGAGGCGAUUGAAGCAGUCGAUAUCAACGGAGGAGUCAAAGUCACCCAAACCAUCAUUCGCGGGUCUACUACCGUUAAGAGCUCUAUGCUGCCUUAUGUACCGAGCAGCCGAGUCCCUGCAUCUUUUUCAGAUGCCUGCACUCUCUGGUUCCAGGGUUCACAUAAAGCGAAGAUUGAAGAUCAACAGUCUGUCCUGAGAUACAGUAUCUCCCCGAUUUAUAAAUGCCGCGACCGCACUGACUUCGAGAAUUUUCAAAGGGUUCUGCUUCGAAGAAAGGUCGUAGCCUGCUUUGAUGUGAGGAAAAUAUCCGUUGGAUCGGAUUAUUACACCAAUUCAUCAGAGACAAUCCGUGUUCUCGAAGACCCAAUUACGAAAGCCUUUUCGUUGCUAUUCUUUGCUUCCUUCCCCGGAACGUCUCGCCGAGCAAGGUUUGUCGAUAUGCCAGUAAAUGACUUGGGCAUACCCCAUCCGAAAUCAAAACAGAUCAAACUUCCGUUCCAGGCUGCUUCGCGUCGCAGCUCCGUGGACAGUGCUGCUAGUGCCUUUUCACAGGAGUCACGUCAAUCCACUUUGACAUCAUUAGGGCCGAGCCCACGGAGUAAGUAUCUGGAGCUGGAGUUCUACGAGGAAAGGGAUUGUGCUGCAUUUGUCCGAAAGCUCAGACAUGUAGGCGGGGCUUGA